GCCUGGACAGAGCUGCUGUUGGGCAAGGGUGCCCCAGCAGCCUCAUGGCGACCCAGAGACAAGGACACUACCCGGCUGGAGGCCAGGGGCCCACAUCGGACCGAGGCCACCCGGCACCCACAGGAGGCUGCUGAGCUCCGGGCCAUGGUCCCGUCCCGCAGGACUUGGAACCUGGGAGCCACGCCCUCACUGCGGGGCCUGUGGAGAGUGGGCCGGGCCCGGGAGCCCGAGCCUGGGAUGGCUCGCCCCGCCCCAGCCCCAGCCAGCCCGGCUGCCCGCCCUUUCCCACACACCGGCCCGGGGAGGUUGAGAACUGGGCGUGGAAAAGACACCCUGGCUGUUGGUGAAGAGGACUCCAGUGCCCGAUUUGCAGCUCGCCCAGCCCUAGCGCAGUGCCGAGCCCUCAGUGUGGACUGGGCUGGCCCUGGGAGUCCACAUAGGAUCUACCUGACCGUGCAGCAGGCCCUACAGGACAAGGGGUGCGAGAGCAAGAGUCAGGGGACGAAAGAAGACAAGCUCGUGAAGAGACAGGCGCCAGCCCCCAGGCGGGACCGGGAGGCCCCGGAAGCUGGUGGCACCAUGAAUGUAGAAAAAGCAGGUGGGCGCCUCUUUGGCAUCGGGAGGUGCUCAAGCCUGUCGGGGUCACCAGGUGCGGCCCCUGUGGUACAUAGGAUGGUGGAGGCCAUGUCCCAGCUUCAGGACGAGAAAGCCCAGCUUCAGGAGGAACUGGUAGUCCUGCGAGAGAGGCUAGCCCUCCACGACAGUGACCAGCAAGUCACAUCCACCCAGCUGCAGAACCAGGUGGAGAAUCUGAAGGAGAAGCUCAUUAGCCAGGCCCAGGAAGUGAGCCGACUGCGGUCUGAGCUGGGAGGCACCGACUUGGAGAAGCACCGGGACCGGCUAAUGGUGGAGAAUGAGCGCCUGAGACAGGAGCUGCGGAGCUGCGAGGCUGAGCUGCAGGAACUACGGGCCCAGCCUGCGGCGCCCUGUCCAGGCUGUGAGCACAGCCAGGAGAGCACCCAGCUCCGCGACAAGCUGUCCCAGCUGCAGCUGGAGGUGGCAGAGAACAAAGGCAUGCUGUCGGAGCUGAACCUGGAGGUGCAGCAGAAGACAGACCGGCUAGCAGAGGUGGAGUUGCGCCUCAAGGACUGUCUGGCUGAAAAGGCGCAGGAGGAGGAGCGGCUCAGCCGGCGCCUGCGUGACAGCCAUGAGACUAUCGCCAGUCUGAGGGCUCAGUCCCCACCAGUGAAGUACGUCAUCAAGACAGUGGAGGUGGAGUCUCCCAAGACCAAGCAGGCCCUCAGUGAGUGCCAGGCCCGGAACCAGCACCUGCAGGAGCAGGUGGCCAUGCAGCGGCAGGUGCUGAAAGAGAUGGAGCAGCAGCUGCAGAGCUCCCACCAGCUGACCACACAGCUCCGGGCUCAGAUUGCCAUGUACGAAGCAGAGCUAGAGCGGGCACAUGGGCAGAUGCUGGAGGAGAUGCAGUCCUUGGAGGAGGACAAGAACCGGGCCAUUGAGGAGGCCUUUGCUCGAGCCCAGGUGGAGAUGAAGGCGGUGCAUGAGAACCUGGCAGGCGUCAGGACCAACCUGCUGACACUGCAGCCUGCACUUCGGACCCUCACCAAUGACUACAACGGGCUGAAGCGGCAGGUGCGCGGCUUCCCCUUGCUGCUGCAGGAGGCCCUCAGGAGUGUCAAGGCCGAGAUUGGCCAGGCCAUCGAGGAGGUGAACAGCAACAACCAGGAGCUGCUGCGCAAGUACCGCCGGGAGCUGCAGCUGCGCAAGAAGUGCCACAAUGAGCUGGUGCGGCUGAAGGGAAAUAUCCGGGUGAUUGCCCGUGUCCGGCCAGUCACUAAAGAGGAUGGGGAAGGACCAGAGGCAACCAAUGCUGUGUCCUUUGAUCCUGAUGACGACUCUAUCAUCCACCUGCUGCACAAGGGCAAGCCUGUGUCCUUUGAGCUGGACAAGGUCUUCUCCCCAUGGGCCUCACAGCAGGAUGUGUUCCAGGAGGUGCAAGCCCUCAUCACCUCCUGCAUUGAUGGCUUCAAUGUCUGCAUUUUUGCCUAUGGCCAGACAGGUGCUGGAAAGACAUACACGAUGGAGGGCACCCCUGACAACCCAGGCAUCAACCAGCGGGCCCUGCAGCUGCUCUUCUCUGAGGUACAGGAGAAGGCGUCCGAUUGGCAGUACAAUAUUACUGUCAGCGCAGCCGAGAUCUACAAUGAGGUCCUCAGGGACCUGCUGGGGAAAGAGCCUCAGGAGAAGUUGGAGAUCCGGCUGUGCCCAGACGGCAGUGGACAGCUGUAUGUGCCAGGACUGACUGAGUUCCAGGUGCAGAGCGUGGACGACAUCAACAAGGUGUUUGAGUUUGGCCACACCAACCGCACAACGGAGUUCACCAACCUGAAUGAACACAGCUCCCGCUCCCACGCCCUGCUCAUUGUGACGGUUCGUGGCGUAGACUGCAGCACGGGCCUCCGCACCACAGGCAAGCUGAACUUGGUGGAUCUUGCUGGUUCAGAGCGCGUGGGCAAGUCUGGGGCGGAGGGCAGUCGCCUGCGGGAAGCACAGCACAUCAACAGAUCACUGUCUGCCUUGGGGGAUGUCAUUGCUGCCCUGCGCUCGCGCCAGGGCCACGUGCCCUUCCGCAACUCAAAGCUCACCUACCUGCUACAGGACUCACUCAGUGGUGACAGCAAGACACUCAUGGUGGUGCAGGUGUCCCCCGUGGAGAAGAACACCAGUGAGACACUCUACUCACUCAAGUUUGCCGAGAGGGUGCGCUCCGUGGAGCUGGGCCCUGGGUCCCGCCGUGCAGAGCUGGGCUCCUGGUCAAGCCAGGAACAUCUUGAGUGGGAGCCCACUUGCCAGAUGCCACAGCCAGCAGCAAGAGCCCAUUCAGCCCCUGGCUCUGGAACCAGUAGCCGCCCUGGCUCCAUCCGGAGGAAGCUGCAGCCCUCAGGGAAGUUGAGGCCGGUGCCUGUGUGAGGACCUGCCACAUGCUGGGCCUGGAGCUGGCCCCAAGGCCUGGCUGUUUGUUCUUGCUGCCACGCCCACCAGGAUCACAGGAGAUGGAAGCCAGCAUGGAGGCUCUCCUGCCCUGCCUCCUGAGAUGAGAAACAUGUUGGGAAGGAAGCAUGUCUCCGUGUGGCUCUGGGCACCCACAGCAUGGGCUGGAGGGGCAGGGAAGGCGUUGUGCCUGGUGGGCCCAGGGGCCAUGGGAGCCAGCCCUUGUGGCAGGGGUGGGGGGGAGUCCUCUUCCUCUGGGCCCACUCUUCCAGUCUGGAAGGUCUAGUGGCCCUUCCUAGUGGGAGGGCCAGGGAGCCACCUCUGGUGUUGCAGGGCUGGCAGGGGUUGCUCUGCCCCCAAGACCCUCUGAGGAGGGUAUCCCACAGCUGGAUAUGUACAUAGUGUUCCUAGGUGUACAUAGGACCCCAUGCCCUGCCAGGGCCUGGGCUAUAUUUAUGGCUGGCAGAGGCUAGUGGGUGGGGGCUGGGCCCCUCAUCUGCCUGGCACCAGGCACUCUCCCUGCCCACUGGCCUCUCAGUAUGUUCCUCCCUCUGAAAUCCUAUUUAAGAACUUUUGGAAGCUUAGCCAUUUUUACUUAUUAAAAUAAAGUCUUUUUACACAA